GUAUACCCGGAACUUUUCACCUCCGCCAGAUACGUCCGAAUAGCACACGGCCAGUAACCGUCCCUCGAAAUACUACGCGCCCGGCGUUUCGGUGCACGAUAACGUGUGCGCGCGUACCGAAUCGGUCGCACUAUAUUAUUAUUAUUAUUAUUAUCAUCGUCGUCGUCGUGAUAUUAUAAGGUCUCGAUUUUUUUUGUUUUUAUUUUUUUUUUGUGCCCCGUCCCUCGGCCGUCGAAAUAAUCAUCGCCACACCAAUAACGUCGUUAUAAACUGUAUUGUACGCGUGCGUUGUGUGAUCCGCAUCACUGUUAUGGUGUUUACGCGACACGGGCCACGUUCCAGAGGACCAAACAUUACAGAAGUCGACGAGAAAAAUGAACACCACGGAAACGGCGCUUGAACACACCGAUGUACCCGUAGAGGCGGACUGGGCCCUGGCGGACCUUCCGAACAGCAUCAACGCCACUGGACUCCUGGCCGAAGACUUGGAGGAAUACGGAGGUUUGACAGAAGUACAAACAUUAAUUUUAGCAUGCGUGGCCACAGUCAUACCUCUGUUUUUAGGGCUAUUGCUCGUUCUCGGCGUGAGAAUGGUGUGGAAAAAGUACAAAAAUCACAACACCAACAGCGGCUAUGACAACGACGGACUGCGCCGCGAAGACAGUUGCGAUGCCGUCAAGAGUUCGAGCUUCAUGCAGAGCGCCGAGGAGCUGAAGACCAGCGAAUCGCAGUAUUCCGUUCUGAUGCCAGAUGACGCGGCGGCGGCGUCGGCGGCGGUGUGUUGCUACGCCGCGGCGAACGGUGCUUCCGCGCCGCUGCCACCGCUGUUGUACAAUAGUCCGCCCAACAAUCGUUUUGGAGACACGAACAAAACGAACCUGAACGGGAGCAUUAUCACGUUGACGAUGAAAAACAACCAUCUGAUUGUGGAAACCGAGGAAAGAGUGCCGGGCGUUUGCAUGGCGUCGGCUGGCGAGGUGACGGCCGCCGCCGCUGCCGCCGCUGCCGCCGAGGCGGUCGCCAAAUCGAUAGACUACGAGUACGACGACGACGAGUUCGACAUGGAGGCCGAGAUGUUGCGUCGCGAGUUCCGGGAAGCGUCGCUGUUGGCCAACGGCGGCGGCCUGGCCGCACCCGUCGUCAACCCGGCCGUGCUCGAACCCAGCAGCCAGACCCAGGUGGACCUGACCGCGGACCGCCGGCCGACCGCGUCCGCGGCCGCGCAACCGCCGCCGCCGCCGCCGCAUCAGCUGCAGCUCGCGGCCGCCGACCACUCGAGCGGCGGUUCGUCGUCGGUGGACUCGCGCGUGGCCGAAAUGGCGUACGCUUACGGCAACCAGUCCGAGUACACCGUCGAGGACGUGGCCAGCAAACACGGCGGCAAGACGAUCGCCGCGGUCAAGUCGGCCGCGACUUCGACGACCGCGGCCGCCGUCAACAACAACAACAACAACAACAACGACGACGAGUAUCUGGUCGAACAGCGGUUGUUAGGAAACGGCGUGGACGGCUGCGGCGGUGCCGCCGGUAACCGCGACUCGUCCGAGUCGACACCGCCGAACGCCGAUAAUUGCUCACCGGGAGACCGCGGAGUGGCGACCGCCGCCGCCGCCGCCGCCGCCACCGUCUCCCAGUAAUAAACAUCUCCACUUACUAUUAUUAUGCGUGUGUGUGUGUGUGUGUGUGACUUUAGGUUUACGUUUGAGCAUAUUUUUAAAUUUCUUUUUUUUCUAACAACACCACUUUCGAUCGAAUAUAUUAUAGUCUCUUACGAUCUUAUUUCAGAACGAUAAAAGUGGCGCGAAACCGAACGGAAAACAAAUCGUCUGAAGUCGGUUGCAGUUUCCAAUUGAACGCGAACGAACGCGAUUGUGUAUUAUUGCGUGUCUUGUGCUUCGCGUCGCGGAGUAAAACGGACCGCACGUUUAUUUUUUUUCCCGUCCAAACCGAUCGACGUCUGUCCGUAGUAUCGAGCGAAAGAAUUCUGGCGACGUCAUUGUUUUAAGAUCGUAAUAAACCGCACGACUGGCCCUUUUUCAAACCGUCGACUCGGGGGGACGAUCAGAAAUUCUGACGUUAUGACCGUAUACGAACAUUGGCCAAAACCUGCACUGAUCGAUCUCAGAUCUUUUUACCCGUAACGGACGUACCUGAUAUCGAUUUGUUCGAUGUUUCGCGUCGACUCGGUUAUUAAUGUGUUAGCGGUCUGACGGCGAGAGACGUAAUGAUUUACUAUGACGAACAGUCCGGAUGUUCGCGUCGACAACGGAACCAAAAACAUUCUGGAAUGAUACGCAUUAACCGUUAUCCCGACUGCUGUCAUUUCGGUCGCAACGACGUGUAAGACUAUAGAGAGUGUGAUAUCAUCGCGGGUGUUCGAGAUUGCAUAUUGUGGUUAUUAUUAUUUCUCGAUUCAAUAACAUUAUAAAACGUUAACCGAUUUGUAGUGAAAACAAAACUGACGCGGUAGACUAAUAACAAAACCGAAAACUGCUUUUCCGCGUUGCGGCGGGCCUGCGCCGUUAUUACGGCGUAUCUGUGUAAAUAGUGUAUCGCAUGUGCUCCGAAACACUCGAUAAUAGUAUAAAAAUCGACAUGGCAUUUAUUCGCAUCGUACACGACAAUAAUAUCACAUGAAAACUAUAAUACGCGUGUGCCGGACGAUCCGCGAAAAAAGUUGUUUGCGUUUUACAACAACAGUAAUAAUAAUAAUAGUAAUAAUAAUCGGCAGAUGAAUGAUGGUGUUGAGUAAGCGCUAUUUAUACACGACGAUCGAUAAUGAACAUAUUGUAAUAUUUAAUGGUUAACCGAUUGAGCCAAACAAUAUGCAAAUGUAUAUUAUUAUGUCAAUAUAUUUCACCAAAGCAUAGGCACCUGUGUAAUUCGUAUAUAAUCAUAUUAUUACGUUACGCAAACGACCCUACGGCGUUCAAAAUAAACAUUUCACGAUUGGUAAAAAGCGACCAAUUAUUAUGACCGCGAUUUUCCGCCAUCGGGGGUUAGUUGUUUUUGUAAAAAUUAUAAUAUUAAUAUUUACCAGUGUCUGGUGUUUAUCAGUAAUUCGGUCGGUUAGUUUAAUGGCGGAAAAUACACUAAAAUCAAUACGAAUUAUUUACAACAUUCUGCGUCGCAUAACUGAUUUUACGAUUUAAUAUUUUCAAUUCAUAAUACGUGAUACGCGGCAUAAUUCGAAAUCCAUAUAAUCGAGAGUUAUGCGAGUUACGAUUGCAAUUAAGUAUUAUGAUAUUGCUGCGACGUCGGCGUAUAAUAUUUACCGAUUGUCUAAUAUUACAAUUGUAAAAAGCGUUUGUGAAAAUCGUUACAUACUGUACUGGGAAAAAUAUUAACUAGAAAGUAUUUUAACAAAAUCAAAAGUUUGUUUCUGAAAGACAAACGUCAUAAAUCUGUCGUGUUUAUUCUAGAAGUACAACGUAUCAAAGAAAAAUGUACACUUACUUCCUUUUGAUUAUUUAUUUCCGGCGCCUUUUUCAUCGUGUCUAUUAUUAUUAUUUUAUAGUUUCCGUUGUUUAACUUUUGUGACGUGCCUGCGAUCCGUAAAAGCAAUUUAAGUCAGAAGUACAUGAAUACAUAAUAUGUUGAUCGCAAAAUUCGUCAAGAGUUGUUUUUGGCGAAUUACAAAUACCCUCGAGUUCGACGUGUAUAUAACUCGUGUAAAUAAAUCUAAACACGUCCGAAUACACAAUCGUGUAGUGUAAUAUGUACUGUUUAUCUCAAAACUUAAUUUAGUCAGUUGUAUAAUAUACGUAAUGAUAUAAUAAUAUAAUAAAUAUAUAAAUGUCUAUGCCAAGUGUUCUAGUUCCUAUAUAAUGUAAUAUAACUAAUAAUAUUACAAUUUCAGAGACUCGUUAUUAUAAUACAUAUAUAGUAUAUGCCUACGUUGAUAGAUUAAUCUGAUGGCCAUUUAUUUAUUGAUAGUAUUAUAUUGAUUGUAUCUAUAUGUAUGUUUAUAGUAUAUUAGUACUCGGCCAGAAAUACGCGUGUCGAUCUUGUGAUUACUGUGAUAAGGACUCGUUUCUAUUGAAAAACUGUUAUUAAACUGUAUUUAAGCGACAGUGACCCGUUGAUUGCUAAUUCAAAUCGUUCGAGGUAUACACGAUAUACUGAUAUAUUAUAAAUUAUAAUAAUACGACAUCAGAAUAAAUAAUUCACUAAAAUAAGUUACACGCAAAGUAUGAAAUCGAACGUCGUACGCACAGUGAAUAAGCUGAGAUUGGGUCCCAUCACUGUAAAAGUAGAAAAUGUAUACGCUAUAGCCUUGUCGGGACGUUGAGCAGAACAGGUAAAUCUCGAUGGGCGAUGUAUGUCACCAAAUACCAAUGAGCAGUGGUUAUUAAUGUCUUUGACGUUUCGUUUGUCGUCGUUCAACGACUCAUGUCCGAAGACAUGAACAUAAUAUUGUAGUGUAAACAUAAAGUGUAAGGAAUGCGAUAUCGUUUUAAGACCAGUGUUGAAAACUGUUUUGUAAAAGUUCUCAUCUAUCAUCAUUUUAUCUAGUAUCUACAUAAUUAUCGUGCCAGUUAUUUAAUGGAUAUAUUAAAUUGCAAAUUUGCACAUCUAGGUAAAUCUAAUUUAAAUAACUCACAUAUUCGCGUUUAUUAUUAAAAUUGAUCUAGUAGAGUACUAUUUAAAUGGUAGGUACUUGAAGUAUUUUGCAUACCUAUUUAAUAAUGUCAAGAUUACGAUGUCAAAGAUACGUUUGAGAUAUUCGUCAUACGGAUUUGGAACCAAAAACACAUACUAAAAUAAUAAAAUUACGAUUUCGUCCAAUUUCAGUUUUUUAUUUCUUCGUAAUUUUACAAUAAUUAUUGGUUCUUAAAUGUCUAUAAAAUUACACCAGAUUCACGAUUUCUUACUAUAAUAAUGAUGAUAGAUUUUUUAAUUUUUUUUUUCUACAAUUUUAAGCGAUUAAAAUGAAUUUAGAAUUAGAACUUUUUAAAUUCUAAAAUAGUCGAUUUUUGGAUUAAGCCCUGGGCAUUUCAUAUAAUGUCAAGUACGUAAUUUCAACUAUAUUGAAAUAAUAACAAAAUAAAUUGAUUUUACCUACCAAAUCGCCUAGAUGAAAGUGAGAUAAUAAUAUUAUCCGCAUAUCGAUAAAUCUACGACGUACAAUAAUAUUAUCUGUAUCCUAUCCAAACGACAUUUUUGUAGUCUAUUCUCAACGGUGUGUACUAUGAAAGACUCGUUCGUGUAUAAACUAAUAUAUAUAGUGGUAUGCGUAUUAUCAUAUCCGACAUAAUUCACAUCAUCGUCCACCGGGUUUACAGGUAAACCAUCGUAUCGUUAUAAUACGUUGGCUUAUCCACCCCAUAAUUCAUGUCCGGACAAUGGAAACAUCUCAGCUGCAAUUCACGUUGCCAAAAACUUUCGGACGUAGUAUAUUAUCCUUCUGUUUCAUAGUUUGUCCGUGACGCGCUAUAUUUUUUACAGGUCUUGCCAUAUUAUAAUAUACAUGUACGUCUUAGGGUGCGCACACUCCGCGCGAGCUACUUUAAAAUAAAUCGAUGUAUCGUACAUGUUAUUAUCUAGAUCGGUGUAUAUAAUGUGUCCCUUAUUUUUUACACCCACAUCAAUCCACCGCCAACAACAAAUCCACUCGCCAGACGAGGAGCGCGUAACGACGCGUGACCCGACGUGCCCUGUCCGCACACACGCACGACACGGCACUCCGCUUUUUAGGAUACAAUACGUCAACGUAAUUCGCGUAUAUUACCAGCGCCUACACAAUACGGUACUCGCGAUACCGCACAUCGAUAACGCUCACGUAAAAAAUAUGUGGGCACACAGAUCGUUAUACUAUACGAAACAAUAUUUUUUCCUCGACUGUUUUUUUAUAUACGCUUUUCGGGGCAACUAGUCGACGAGUCUGUAGAGCCAAACGAAAACCCUGUGAAAUAGUCGUACCGAAGGUUUUUCUCAAAGGUGUGUAUGUAUGUGUGUGUGUGUGUGUGUGAGUGUGUGCCCGACCGUAUCGAUAAGACGUAAAUACAUUUACAAUGUAUAAAAUAUAUUAUUAUAUUAAUUUUUUUAAAAAAAAAAAAAAAAAAAACAUUAUUAUACGAAAUACACAGGCAUAUCACAACUUAUCGUUUUUGAGACCUCUCCGCCCACUCGCCUGAUAAUGAACGAUUAUUAUUAUAAAUUCUAUCGCCGUUUGAUAGAAUUUUGUAAUGAUAAUAUAUUGGCCACAUCGACUCGAUUUACUAUUUGAAACUAGAGUACCUAUAUGGCAUUUUUAUGAAUAGAUUAUUAAUACUUUUAUAUAUUGUGUAGCGCAAAUUAGCAUUGUAUAUUUAUAAGUCGUAUAUUAUAUUAUAAUUAUUCAUAAUAUUAUUAUAAUUAAAUAUUGCAAUGUGAAUACAAUUAUAGUACGUAAGACGUAACUCGUCGUGUAACCAAAUUUUAAUUAUGUUCUUGCGAUUUGUGAAUUUUUUCAUGAUAUUUUUUAUGUACAUUGUCUUUAGAAUUUUACUUAUAUAUCAAUGUAAUACGUUUUUACUAUAUCACAACAGGUUUUGUGAAUAUCUAACACAAAAAAAGCGUCUAUAGAAAUCUAUAUUCGGAAAAAUCUACUAGGUCCUGCGUAAAUAUGUGAUUUACAAUAUAUACAAUUUGUAUGGUUUUUUGUACAUUUUUUUUUUAUUACUUUUUAUUCUUUCAAAAAUGUAAAUAUGGAUUUUUCUAGAUUUAUGUUAUACGCUGGUCAAGGAUAAUGUUGUAAUACUUUAAUUUAUUGAUUAUUUCUACAGAUGUUUUUUUGUGUAAUUUUCGUUACUAAAAUUAAUUUUAUAAUUAAUAACCGUUCGUAUGACGUCCCGAUUUUGAGUUUAUAUAUUUUUACCGUCCAAUAUAUUAGUUAAGUUUGUUAUUUACCAAAUUACUCGUAUCAGUGAAAUUAACCGUUGUGAACUGUUCGAAUCCCUCCCCGAAAUUGUGCGAACUCCUAAAGUCGCUAUUAAAUAUCGAUGUAUUAUUGUUGUUAUUAUUAUUUUUACUUAUUCUCUGAGCUGUACUCAAAAUUAUAUUAAAUUUCAUCUCAGUCGCGUUGUUUUCGUCCGUCUAAGUGUAUCCGUCCAGUUGUUUAUGUUAUUGCAGCAUAGCUGUUCCAUAACAUAUUUUCGUCCGAUAUUAAUUAAGUAUCGCUGAAAAUAAACAGAAUACUCUUUGGCAUUCGCGUGGUCCUUGCUUUGUAUCAUAAUAAUUAUACAUAGAUUUUUGAUUUAUUUUCUUUAGAUCUGUGUAUUUCAAUAAACAGAAAAAUUAAAACUGUGUA